AUGGACGCCAGCAUGCUCAUCUCAACCGAUGACGAAAUGCUAGAUUCGGAUAGUGAUCAGAGGAGAGAUGAAGAUUACGAUAUCGAUGUAGAUGCAGAGGUUUACUCUGUAAAUGGUGGCGACCUGGAAGUCACCAUGACGAUGGAGGAAGACAUAGUCGCUUAUGGUCGCUUGGAACAAGAUGACAACGACGACGAUAUCAUGCUCGACGACGACCCAACGGACUACGGCGACGGUUACGACGUACAUCAUGGCGGCCAUAAUAUAAUAGCUACUCAGACUGAUACGCAACUCGACGUCAACAGUUCCAUGGCACCAACGAUGUCGCAGCAGGAGACGUCCUUCUUCCAGCAACUCUCACCACACCAGUCGAAUUUCAAUCGUCAAGAUCCGGAAGCCUCUUCUUCCCAGCCGGUCCUGACUCAGUCCGACAUAGGAGCCGCUAUGACGGAAACACAAACUACACAGCCCGACAACGGUGGUAACCGCGGUGACGGCGAGCCUGUUGAUGUAGAUCCGCAGCAGGAACAGGAGCAAGUGCCGCAGCAACAGCCUUCGCCAGUAUCGCACCAAGAUAUUCCGUCUCAGUCCAAUAUUUUGCUCGAGGAGGAGGAAAAUGACGGUACACAAAGCUCGACUGCCACUCUUGCCCACGAGGUUGUCAGGAAUGACGAACAAACUGCUGAGGAGAACAAUGACAAUACGCCUGUGCCAAAAUAUCAAUCCCAGCAAGAGCUCGAAUCCAGCGAUGCUGACGCCGGUCCUGUCGGAACCGAGGAUCCGUUUGACUCUUUGUACCAGCAUCCCGUGAUAGUUCAAUACGAGCAAAACCAGCUCACCUUGUUUCCUUCUAUGGCUGAUUGGUCGAACGACCCUGUUCUGGCCAACGUGUAUAGCGACGUUCCCUCCGAUUAUCUUUUGCCGGACGUGGGUGUGUGUGAGAAGACGUUGAGCGAUCUCUUCAUGCAUCUUCGAGAUGUCUUGGGGCCUGCCGUUGGACUCGGAUCUGAGUUGGUUGUGGAAAUUGAACUGCUUGGCCUGAAGAUGGGAGAGGAUAAUGCGGCUUGUAAGUCUGUCAGUUUGCGACGAAUUCUUGAUCUGCACAAUCAACUGCAGGAAAAUGAUGGUUACGAGAUCCCGAUGCCUGUCACUAUGUCCUUGUACACGGUCCCCAAAUUUCUUAGUCGCCUGCAGGAAAUCACCGACGUGGUGCAAGAAAGGAAGGGUCUCCAGGAAUGCCUGAGUCGUCUGGGAUUGCCGUCCGUCGAUGAAUAUUCAAACGAGGAGGACGUGGCCAGUCAUCACGAGGCCGACGCAGCUGACUACAGCGAAAAGCAAACUGUGCCUAAUUCGCUCCAGAAUCCCACCACUGAGUCUCGCGAGGACAAGAGCCCAAGUCCCACCCUGCAGCAGUCAGAGGAUGUUGCUGAGGUUGCGCAAAUCCACGAGGAUGCCAUCGCUGUUAGCCCGGAGACCGAACACACGGAUGUCGUUCAACCUGAGGCUGAAACCCAAGGCUCUACCCAGAAGGAGUUAGAAGUCUCACAUACCCAUGUGAUUAUCCAACAGCCAACUUCUGGACUUCUUAGCCAUUCGGGAUCCACAAUCGUUGAUGAUGAAGAGUUGUUGGAUGAAUUUGAGGAUGGUGAAGGCAUCAUCGAGGAGGCCGAUACUGUGCUGCAGUCAGAUCUUGCGGAACUUCACGAGAAUGAGCCUGUGGCCCAGAAUGGAGCCGACGAACUGCCCGGUGCUGUUGACGACGUCCAGUCCCUUCUGGAGAGUGAUGUUGCGCCCGUCGAGCCGUCGACCGCUGAGCUCGAAGUGACAGAAGCAGAACAUCCACCUUCUACCGUCGGCGAUAGUGACGAACACGACACCCCACCUAACUUAGAUGACAACAGCAACAAACCCUCCCCAAUCCCAGUUUUUAAUGGAGAUGAUGAAGAUCAAGGCGAGUAUGACGGAUCAGAGCAAUCUUUUGAGGAGCGCGGAUACGGACAGGGGGAGAGUCAUCACCGGUAUCAGGAAGAGGGGCAACAAGGUACCGAACACAUUGAUGAAGAAGAGCAAACCCACGACGAGGGCGAGGAAGAAGUCCACGAUGUGGAUGCAGAGGGUUACGCAGAUGUGCAUUUCCAAGACGAUGCCGUUGCAACAGAGGGUCGUCCGCAUGCGGAGAGUGUUCACCAAGAAGAAGAAGAUGGGGAGUAUGAUGCGCCCGGUGAUUACUAUGAUGAGGGCGAAGGUGAAUACAAUCAGCAGGACGAAAGUGUUUACAUUCAGACGGAGGCGAUCGAAGAGUACGAAGUGGAGGAGUAUGACGACUCCCCCUACAAGAGCUCGGAAAACCAGUCGCCCCCAGAUGAAGUUGAGGUGAUCGACCCAUCGACCACGGAUGCUAUUGACAUCACCACGAUUGGUUCCCCUGCAGCGAGCACUGCCGACGACGAGGAGGAUCUCAUUGACUAUGAGGAUGAAGAGGAGCCGGUGCUACUGCCCCAAUCUCCCACAUCUUUGAAGCGAGUGCGCGACGAUUCUGAUGCCGAGGGUGAUGACGAGGUUGAUGCGGAUCAAGCCGCGAAACGCUCUCGUGCCGAGUAG